AUGUGCCACUGCGGUAAUGUUCGCUGCUCAACAGCGAUACGGAACAUGUUUGACAAGGGCCAAGUGAAAAUUGCUAAUUGGAAGUGGAAUUAUAGUGCUCAUGCUAGUAAUAACUAUAGCGGUGGUGGUAGUUCAGCCUCGGGUGUAGGUUACAGUAGUGCCGGUGGUGGUAAUACUACUACGUAUAGUAGGUAUGGCGGUGGAUACGGCGGUGGAUAUGCCGGCUUUUCUCCGAUGCCCCCGUCGGGGCCGUCCGUGGCUUGUCCGGUGCAUGGUGGAUACAAUCCGGCGCCGUUGCCUCCCUUCCUUCAACCGUAUCACAACACUGGCAGCGGCUAUUACCAAGGAUACAGCAACCCGCCCUUCUUUCCACCUUUCCCACCGUAUGGCGGCGGCAGUCAAGGGUGCCCGCCUCCGACGAUUGUGGUGAGAUAUCGUCGGUAG